ACAAACAAACGCUGUAGUGUAAACUGUUGCGAUUUUAAGUUAAACUGUUGUUGUACUUGUAGUAGUAAUAGUAUCAGCAACAGCAGCAGUAGUAGCAGUCGCAGUAGUCGUAAGUAGUACAGUAGUUGUAGUACCGCCUUAGCUUCAGAAAUAAAGAUAGUAUCAGUCGUUUAUUUUGUAGUAUCAAUAUUUCGGUUCGGAAGAAAACAACAAUAAAAACGAAAUUUAACAGCAUCUUCAUCACAGCGGCCAAGUAACAGCACCAUCUAUACCUCAGACGCCAGGACAGAAGCUACUGCUACUACAGCCACGACAAGAUGUCCAAAUCGCUGGCAGCAAAACGAGCAGUUAUGCGUUGGAAACGCAACACAAUCGACACCACUGACGGCUUGUUGAAGCCACAAAAGCGCUGGGAAGACAUCAUAAACGCCAUCGUAGAGCAGCCACUGAUCGUUGACAGGAAUGAUCCUAUCGUUUCUCAUAGGGACGAAAAAGUUUUUGUGUACAUGAAAGCGGUCUUUACAAAAGUUGGAGAGAUAAACACGACGAAGGAGAACUUCUACGUCGAAGUUUUCCUGCAGGCCAAGUGGAGGGAACCUCGUCUAGACGGCCAAACGAACAUUAUAAAAUCCAGCAUAAAGUGGGAAGAGUACUGGAACCCCAAGAUUCACAUCGACAAUGGGGUGGGCGAAAUAAAGGAGACAAUAUGGCCGACUGUCAUGUUCAACGCCAACGGCGAAGCCCUCAUAUGCGAACGUAGAAAGGUCAAAGGUUGCUACUCUGAAACUAUGGAGCUUCAGGAAUUUCCAUUUGACACCCAGGACUUAAACAUGACGGUGGUUUCUGAGAGAAACUGUAAUGAGAUAGGGUUCCUCAACGACAUUGAACAUUCCCUGAUAUCUCAGAAUUCAUUCGUGCAGAACCAAGAGUGGCUGGUGUAUAAUUAUGUGGAUGUCCAGUUUGGAGAAGUGAAAAAAGUUUACGAGAAUAGUGGCCAGGUACUGCACCCAACUGUCACCUUUGUCGUCAGAACUCAGAGGAGGUUCCAAUUCUACGUCUACAACUUCAUUCUAGUUUUGUUCUUCAUCAACACGAUGACUUUCACGACGUUUGCCGUGAGCCACGAGAAGCCGGAAAACAGGCUGCAGCUGACGUUCAUACUACUGCUGACCACCGUUGGCUUCAGGACCAACGUUAAUAAUGUCUUGCCAAAAAUUUCUUACCUCACUAAAAUGGACAAGAUAAUACUAACAUCAUUCGUCAUUCAGUGCAUCAUUUGCAUUUGGCACAGCAUUGUGGUUCUAAUUAAAAAGUCACCACCCGCGUCUUUGGCUGCAGCUACGGCUACUGUUUUGCUGAAUGAAGUCAGCAACGCUACUAUCAUGGCUACCCCAGUUACAGAUAGUGGCUUGGAUACUGUUUGGAUUGAUAGAUACGUUUUUCUGGCAUCCUUCCUGGUCUACAUUGUCAUCCAUCUCAUAUUUGGUCUGCUCAUCUAUUUGCAAACCACGCAAAAAAGCAACGAAUUUAGUCAAAAAGAGAUAGAAAUGAAACAGCUGGAGGCAAUUUCUGCAGCGGAGAAUUCACCACCAACUGACUGACUUCGAAAGGGAUUUUUUAAAAAAUUGUCAUAAAAUUAAUGAAAAGGUUUAUUUUUCAAUUGUUUUGCGUCAUCAUGUCAACUUGACGUCACGAAUUUAACCUUUCACGUGUUUUAUUUUCUUAUUGUUGCUGUUAUUGUUAUUAUUAAUGAUGUCAUUUAUAUUAUUAUUCUUUUAUUAUUAUUAUUAUUCUUGUUAUACAUAAUUGAUGUGUUAUUUCCCGUUAAAUUUAUAAUAUUUUGUCCGGUGUGUAUUGCCUUAUUAUUUAAAAACGUAUACAACUCGAUGCAAACCAAUCAGCGAAGUCUUUUUUUUCCAUUUCUAUCAUUUUUAAGCAAAUCUAAAAAAAUAAUUAUUUAUUACAAUCUGCAAGUUUAUAAAAGUGAAGUAAAUUUAAACAAAUUCUAAAUGAUGAUAUAUUUUCAAUCGUUAAUAUUUGCAGGCAGGCACUACACGUACUAUCACGAAAUAAUAAUAACAAUAAUAAUAAUAAUAACAAUAAAAAUAAUAACAAUAAUAAUAAUAUAAUUAUGUCGUCAUCGUCACUGUAUAAUAGUAAUAUAAACAACAUGCUAGUUUCGAAAACGAAACUGUUUAUCUCAAAAAAUUAUCAGCAAUAUUCAUUCUCUCUCUCUCUCUCUCUCUCUCCCUCUCUCUCCCUUUCUCUCUCCUCUCUCAUCUCUUUUUUUCUUUUUUUCUCAUCCUUACACAUCAUCUCUUUUUUCACUCUCUUUUAUUCACUCUUCAUUUUUUCUCAUAUUUUCAUAUCUUCCUCUCUCUCUCUCUCUCUCUCUCUCUCUCUCUAAAAAUAACUUUUCGGAAAAACCCCGUUUAAAUUUGGCGUUUCAGAGAAAAUGUCUUAGGCCUGGGAGCCAGUGCGAGCGUUCUCUUGUUCAGGUUCAAUUCCGUUCUUAGGUAUUCAAGUUCUGCGUCCAAACAGCCGUACGAUGAACGGAUGUCUUUCAGGUCACCUUGCAACUGUUCCUGCUUGGCCACUAAAGUUU